AUGUCGUACCGCCAGGGCGCCAACUACAAUAACCUCACACACACGUCGACGAGUUCUAACACGUUCGACGAGCUCAAGGAGUACCCGUGCACUUUCCCAUACCUUCUCAGCAGUCAAGCUCUUCAAAUGCCACACACUCUUUUAUCAUUUUCCGGGCACCAUACAUCAUACGAAGAUUUUCAGCCGGCAGGAUCUGGCAGCUCUUUCCAACCUUUUUAUCAGGCGACACAUCAGUAUGAAGUCGCACAUAGCGGCAUCAGGGAUUUGCCACCUCGAAAAGCAGCUACAGACGUCCCCGAACGCGGGGUAAAAAGGAGUGCAAGUUUUGCGAACCUCGAUUGCGGUGCUACGACCAGCCGUCGGCGCCAAGAACCCCUCCUUCAGCUUCCCAAUAACCCGCAGCCCAGCUACGAACUGACUCUGCCUAUCCCUUAUCUAGCCGACAUCAACGUUGGUUUCAGCGCUGAAGCUAAUGGCAGCCUUAGGGUGCCUAUGAGUGACACUAUCAACGACAUUGGCGUCGGAUUUGACCUUGUGGACGACCAGUAUGACUGGACAUCCAUGCUCGCGCAACCUCGUAUCAGGUCUGAAUCAGCCGAGUCCAUUCAAGUCGAGGCAAACCCUUCCGCCCCUGACAUUGACCUUCGGUCAACGGCGCCCCCCCCAGCUCUCAAGCCACCACGACAUUAA